UCCAUUUACAACACGUAACGCGUUGUUUGCAGUUGGAUCGCCAUAUUGUAUAUUUUAACGCGGGUCACUGGCGCGUGUAUGGGCUUUUCGUGAGAUUUUCUGUCGAAUAAAAGUGCGUGGAUCGAAAGAAAUCGUAAAAUAUCACGCGCAAUGGAUCCGGAAAAGUUGAAAGUAGUCGAUUUACGGAUAGAACUAUCUAAGCGGGGACUGGAUACAAAAGGCGUCAAGUCAGUACUUGUUGAGAGACUUCGUAAGGCAAUAGACGAAGAAAAUGCAAACCAAGAUCAAAGCAAAACAAAUACUGAAGUAGAAAAUGAUGUCAGUCAAGAAGAGGAAGAGAGAUCUACAAAAUCUACCAAAAUACCACAGACACCAAAAAAAUCUAGUAGAUUAUCUAAAGGAGCUGCAGUGGUAACACCGCAACGCGAGGAUCCUACCAUAAAGAAACGAAGAACUACGAGAACUCCAUAUUCUAGAAAACAAACUUCUCCGAAAAAAUCAGAUCAAAAUGACAUGUCAAGAGAAUCAUCUCCUGCAGUAUCAGAGUCUACGAUACAAGAGGAAGCUAGUACUCAAGAAGAAACUAUAAUGCCAGAAGCUACUGUACUAAUAGAAAAAAUGGUACAAGAAGAAAAAGCAAUACAUGAAGAAAAAACAGUUCCAAAAGAAAAAGCAAUGCAAGAAGAUAAAGUUGAAAAAGUAGAAGAAACGUUAAAAGAAGAAAAGGUGAUAAAAGAAAAUAAAGAUAUAAAAGAAGAAAGUACCGAAAAAGAAGAAAGAACAGAAAAGGAAGAAGGAGCAGGAAAAGGGGAUAAGACACCACAAGAGGAAAUUGCUAUUAAAGAAGAAAAAUCUGCAUUGCCCGAAAAGGAUAAUCAAAAAGAAACUAAGGAACCCUUAUCAAAUGUAGAACACGAAGGUACAAAUAUUAUGGAAGUUCAAAAAGAAGAAAUAAAAGAUGUUGAUAUUGAAGAAAAUACUGAAAAUGAAAGUAAAACUAAUAUAUCACAAAUAUCUGUUGUACAAUCUCCUGUAAAGAGUAGCAAUAUUGUUGGCCCUACAAAAGAAUCUAAAGAAUCUGAAGAAUCAAAAAAUGAUACAGAUGAUAUAGUUCAAAAUCAAAAACAGGCAGAAACUAGUAAAAUGGAGGAAGAAGUGUUAGAAAGUUCUGGUGCAGGAAAAGAUAAAAAUAUUACAACACAUGAGAAAGAAAAUGAUACAUUGAAAGUAAAUAAGAAUAAAUGUGAUGAGAUGGAUAAUUCAAAAGUUGAACCUAUUGCAAAUGAGAAAAAAGAUGACACAAACCUCACAGAUGCUAAAAGUACAGAGUCUGUUUGUGAUACUCAAUCUGACAUUCCUAAAUCAGAACAACCACAAAAUGAUACAACUGAAGAAGUGAAAGAUACAGAUAUGACUGAAAGUGAUAAAAUGGAAACUGAAGAUCAGUGUAUGGAGAAAGAUAUUUUACCUAGUAAUGAAAAGGAAAUGGACACUAAUAUAGAUGACAAACAUGAUAAAGAGGAUGUAGAAAUGACAGAAAUUAAACACAAAGAAGAUACAGAUGUAGUUACGAAAGCACGUCGUUCGAAGACUACUGUCGUCCAUAGAGAUAGAAAGCGGAAAAGGUCUCCGAGCCCUUUAGAAGAUCGUCAUGAUUCACCACCGCCUGUACUUGUCGAAAACGAACCCGAUAUCGACGAUGCUGCUUUAAUUCUAUCUUGGUACGACUCUGAUUUGAAUUUGGUCAUUGAUAAAGAGGGAUUUUUUACUGCCACGCCUAUGCACAAUGAUGGGUUUUCACACAUGUGGGCUGGUGCAAGAGCAUCGUACGGGUUUCUUUGUGGGAAAGUAUAUUACGAAGCAAAAAUUGUGGACCAUUGCCCUGUCAAUACAGAGAAUGAAGAAUAUCCACAUGUAUUGAGGAUCGGUUGGUCCACCCCAUACACAUCGAUGCAACUUGGAGAAGAGAAGUUCAGUUUUGGAUAUUGCAGUACCGGUAAAAAGUUAACAGAUAACAAUUACGAAGAUUAUGGAGUUCAGUUUGGCAAAGAUGACAUAAUCGGCUGUUACUUCGAUGCAACAUCGGAGAGUGAUGUUGUAUUAACCUACACCGUGAACGGAAAAGAUCAAGGCAUUGCGUUCAGCAUUUCAAAGCAAGAACUUGGCGACAAACCAUUGUUCCCACACAUUUUAAGUAAAAAUUGUAGCUUUGCUUGUAACUUUGGUCAAGAAACUCCAUGGACGGAAGAAAUUUUACAAGACUACGUUUCAAUCGGAAACGUAGAAUCUCAGUAUAAAAUCCCCGGACCACGAAGACCAGAAAGAAAGGAAGAAUGCGAAGUGAUAAUGAUGUGUGGAUUACCUGCUUGCGGGAAAACUACCUGGGCAACAAAGUACGCAGCCGAGCAUCCUCACAAAAUGUACAACGUAUUAGGGCUUGGUAAUCUAAUCGAUAAAAUGAAAGAUCCAGAAUUGUCUGACAAAGAAGAAUACGAUGCACAGUGGAAGAUUCUUAUUCAAAAAUGCACCUAUGCCUUGGACAAAUUGUUAGAAAUGGCCUCAAGUAGGAGACGUAAUUACAUACUUGAUCAGACAAACGUGUACCCCUCCGCACAAAGGCGUAAGAUGAAGAAUUUCUGUGGGUAUCAGAGGAAGGCAAUAGUUUUAGUUCCAUCAGAAGAAGAAUUUAAGUUACGUACUGCCAAUCACAAACCGAUCGAAGGCAAGGAGAUUACAGAGUCUAUGUUAUUAGAAAUGAAAGCAAAUUUUAGAGCUCCAGUUGUUGGUGAUUGUUUCGAUAUUGUUAACUGGAUAGAAUUAGACCAGGAAGAGGGUACAAAACUUAUAGAACAAUACAACAAAGAAGGAAAAGAAGCUGGAUAUGGUCAACAACAACCAAUUAAAAUACCACGAAUUGAUUCGAGAUCAGAUAGUGGUCGUGACCAUCGAAAUGAUUCACGAAAUAGUCGUGACAGCAGGGACAGUCGAGAUUAUCGCGACAGGCGAAAUAAUUAUACCGAAAGAAAUCGUAAUCCUCUUUGGCGUGGUGGUGGAAAUACAUCCAGAAGAGACAGACCACAAAGAGGGCAUGUAAGACAUGGCGGUGGUUACGGACCUCCGAUACCACGAAGAGGGAGAGGUACAGCUAUUCCACCAGUUCAUCGUGGAAUGGACCGCAGAGGUGGUGGUAAUUUGGAUAGAAGAGCGGGAAACGAAAGAGGUCGUUCCUUAAGUUCUCGUCACUGUGGUUGGGUUCCGAUGUGGAACUAUCAAGGCUCACAACAAUCUGGUUGGAAUCAAGGUAACUGGUCAAGUGGUCAAUCCCAAGGAGGUUGGGGUCAACAAAAUAACUGGGGAUCACAACAGUGGGGUAAUUGGAGAGGUUACGGCCAAGGUUCAUACGCUCAAAGCAAUUACAAUCAAGGUUAUGGUAAUGGAAACUGCAACAGUUGGAAUCAGCAGUAUUAUAAUCAGUAUUGGGGUCAGCAGCAACCGAGCGGGCAAACAACAACAACAACAGCCACAACAAGUAGUAGACAGACUACGAAUAAACAAUAAUUCAUCAAGAUAUAUUACCAGAAUGGAAUAGUAAGGCAGGUAAAAUGGAAAGUGUAACAACUGCUUUAUUUGACAAUUCCAUCAUGGGGUAUAGUCAACCACGAGACCGACGAGGAUACAUGGGAAAUCCUGAUUAGUGUUAUCAAUACAAGGACAUCGGUUUUGAUGACACACAAAUAGAUGGACAAGUUUUUCCACGACAAUAUAUUCACAUUUUUUGUUCGUAUAUUUUGCAGUGUACGAAUUCCAAAGUUAUCGUGAUUUUAUAACUCGAUCAACAAUUUAGAUUUUAUCGAGUGAAGGCACCGUUACACAUGCACCACAUACAAUUGUUUUGCGUUGCAAAAUGCAGUACUAAAUAAAUUUUAAUGUUAUUGAUCUCUGUUAGAGAUCAAUAAUCGUGAUUGAAAGCAUGUAACGACUAAAACGUAUUCUUAUUAUAAUACGUAGUUUUUAAACGAGUAAAAGGGGGUAACGUAUAAUAACGUCUUGUAACAUUUUUUUAAUCGAAUGAGAAAUCAAUCAAGAGGAAGAUUUCACGUAUGGGUACAUUAUGCAAAUAGGUAUUAAGACUACGGUACUUUGCAAUGAUUUAUCGCUCUCGGGAAAGACUCGUGUAAAUAUGUACAGAUUUUCAAACGUAUUGCGCGGAACGUUUACUGGAAGUCUGUUUAUAUAUUAAUAGCAAAAUAUAAUGUAACAAAAAAGAAAAAAAACUGUUCUCGAGACAACACGAGAGUGAUAUUGUGUAUGAUUUUGUCUAAUCUUUCUAAUGCUAAUGAUGAUGUACAAAAAGAAGAUUAUCGUACCACGAAUAAAUUAUUAUUAGAUUUGAUUAAUAUGCACGCGCGUUUUAUUGUACUGAUGAGAUUACCAGAUCAUGUGUUUGAAAAUCGAAUUGUAUAUUUUAUAACAUCGAUCUAUAAACAACAGUUACGCUCUUGUUACCCAACGUACUUCCUCCUGUUUCUACUUCCUUUUCUUUAAUAGCGUUUUUCCCUUGCUCUUUUCAUAGUUUCCAUUUUCUAUUUCGCUUCGUCUAUAUAUAGCUUGAUUCAUAUCGAUUCGUUAAAACAAUCUUACAAAUAACGUAUAGUACCCGUUUUAUUUCAUACCUUGUUAUUUCAGUAAUGAAAAAAAAGCAUUCUCUCGUAGUUACAGGAUGAUUGUCUUUGUACCUCCUUUUUCUACAAUACUUUGUACAGUUUGCGAGACUUCGAACUAAGAUAGCUUUUUGAAUAUUGGAUGUCGCGUGAAAUAAAGUUUAAUAAAUUAAGUAAAUGAAAAUUUUAUACACAAUGAUGCUCUUUGUGCAUAUUUUUCGAAAAUGGUAACCGUGAUUCGAAGUCGACCAAGUUUAAAUUACAUCCUUAUUACACGUUAAUCGCGAAUAGAUGAAUAAGAACAAUAUGUUUUUAUCUUUCAUGUACGAUCAAAUAAGAUUAAUUUCGCAAAAUUAGUCUGUAAUCGGAGAAUUUACUUGUUGACAAAAGUGUACAAACUUAUUCGUAAAAAUAAAAAAUAUCUUCUAUUUA